AUGGCUUCAGGGAGAAAUGACGAUAAACUUCUAGAAUGUGCUAGUGACGUCGUCGGUGCAAGAAUCGGGAGCAAGUGUGAACCCUGUCGUCGUCGGGACAGGUCAGAACUCGCUUCGUUGUUUUGUAAUACAUGCAAGGUAUAUCUAUGCGAUGACUGCUGUGUUGUUCACAAGGGGCACAUGGCAAAGGUAGAUGAACAUGAUAUCGUGGCUGCCCAUGAAGCCUGUGUCAAGCCAGAUGUCGAUAUGAAGGGACUAGAUCAGUGUAGCGAACAUAAACGAGUGUUCAUGUUUCACUGUGAAGACCACGAAGAUUUGUGCUGUGAAUUAUGUGCCUUUUCUUUUCAUCGUAAAUGCGAUAAUAUCCACGAAAUAGCAAAGGUCGCUAAGAAUGUGAAAGAUACUGAAAGGGAAAAGAUACGCGCAUCUAUUAUUACUGCCUCCGGAGUUAUAAUGAAAUGCAAGGAGAAUCAAUUGAACAACGUUUCGCGAGUUGAAGAAAUCGAUAAAGAAAUUGAUAUUUACAAGGAAGAGUUAUUAAAGAAAAUUGAGGAAGCCAAGGCGCGAAUUGUCAGCGAAAUGACAAACCAUAACACACAGGAAGACGAACGUCUAAAUACGAGGAGAAAUGCGGCUGAAAACAUGAAGAAAGAACUCGACAUGCAUUUGGCAAUGUUGGAUAGCGUUCGUGAGAAUGGAACGGAACCGGAAAUAUUCAUUCUAAACCACAUUCUUAAAAGGACGCAAUACAAGGUAGCACACAAACUGAACACUUUGUUGAAGAAUGAUUUUACCGUUAAAGUUGAGCUAAAAAUCAACGAAAACUUUUUUAAAACAAAGAAUACUGAUGUCUCAUUAUUCUCAUUAAAUAAAACACAAGAGCCAAAAACACAAUCAGCCGUGCGUCUGCAGCUAUUAAAGACCAUGGACCUCGUUAAGACAGGGGACGACCAGAGGGAGCCGUUUGUAAGUGGGCUGGACUUCCUGCCGGACGAGAGAAUCGUCGCCGUGGAUCAGAUCAACUGUAAAUGUUUUAUCUUGAGUGACACACUGAAGAGGCUCGACACAUUUUAUAAAUUUAAGACAUAUCCUAGGGACGUAACUUCUUACUCUGAUAACAAUAUUGCAGUAACUGUCAGUGCCGGAGAUAUCCGAACAGUCUGCCUGCUAACAGUGGGCAGUGACAACACGAUCACACUGAUGAAGACACUUACCACGUCCACCUACUGCUACUCCAUCUGUCCCCUAAAUGACCGCACGUUCGUAGUGAUCACGAUGGACGAUCCCCGGCCUGUCCGAUUCAUCGACGUGGACGGCAAGGAGAGCGACGUUGAUAACGUGAAGUUUCCUGGAAAGACGUAUACGCUUGAUGAAAGUAGAUGCACCAACCUACCAUUCCGGGAUAGUCUUGUCCUUACGGACAGGUUUGCUCACACAGUUUACAUGUAUAACACCGUAUCCGGCAAGAUCACCGAGGUGAAGGAUGACCGGAUACGGGAACCGACAGGCGCCUGUGUGGGCCCCGAUGAUUCCGUAUUUGUCUGCAAUGAAAAUACAAAUUCCGUCAUUCCGAUAUCGCCCGACGGGUAUAUACUGACGUCAUGUGAGGUCGACAUGAAGUUUCUGUGCGCCGUUGCCGUCUCCAGGGAUGGCUCGAGAAUGGCCGUGACCAACAGUGCGAAAGGCUUUAAAAAGCUGAAACUGUUUAAAAUGAUUCAAUGA